AUGGGCGAAGACGAGGAGGAAAGGUCGAAGACCCCGACUGCCUCCUCCUUUGCGACGAUUCAGACGACAAAAACGACGAGUUUUGCGAAGAAGAAAAGCAACGACGAUUCAGACGACGGCGAACCUUUAGGAGGUUCGUCGCAACAACACGAACAAGUUCAACACCAACAAAUAAUCCCAGAGUUUUGGACCGAGGUGUCCAGUUUAACGAACGCGCUUUUGGAAAGCGACUUGAACACGAAGAACGCGACGCACUGCCUCUCGAACUACGUUUUGGAGACGUUGGUGUUACCGGCGAUUCAUCCGGACGUGAUAUCGAUAACGCGGAAGAAGGAGUUUUUGGUGGCGUUGAACGUGUGCGAGGUGAGCGUGGCGACGGUGUUGAGUAAGCCGCACGUGCUCAAGACGUUGUUGAAAGACGACCCGGAAUCGGUGACGUUUUUUAUGGAAAGCGCGAAUCAAUUCGCGAUGAAAGCGAUUGUGGUGAGCGGAAAAGAGACUGGUUCGUCGAUGUUGAGAAGAAGCGCGAGUUUAAGCGCGACGAGUCAAACGAGCGGCGGCGGUAUCGACCAAGAAGAGGAAGCGGCGACGCAAUUCGAUAACGUUGAUUUUAGGGCGUUGAAGAGAGCGGCGAAUUUGCUUCGCGCGACAUUGGACGGCCGCGAAUACGCACAUACUUGGGCGACCGAGGUUAUUCGUGAUUCGAAAGUUCGCUUAGCGGAAGAGAAAGCGUCGUUAGUUGCAGCUUCGACGGAGGCAAAGAUGGGAGAAGAUGAUGAAGCGAUGACGAUGUCUACUACAUCUUCUUCUUUUACUGAUGCCGCUAUUGCGACGGUGACUGGAGAGCAACAUCAACGACCGCGCGAGUCACGCGAUUCCAACCGCGCGGUAAAGGAAAGAGAAGCAAUUGCAAACGCUCAGAGAAAAUGUGAGAAGGCGCUCGAUGAAAUCCGAGAAGAAGCCGUGGCUGCGGCGAACGUAGCCGCGGAAAGGAAACGCUUUGAACAAUCAGAUGUCGCCAAGGAAAAAAGAGACGCGAAGAGAGAUUUCGACAACCGAGAAAAAGUGCUGGGAUCAUUUAUUGGUUUGAAAAAAGCAGCGACGAGCGACGACGAUGCCACGAGUGUCUCCGCUGGUGGAAAGGAAGAGAAGAAAAAUACUCCUUCUUCUUCUCUGAAAACGAAUUCGAACGAAUCGAACCGCGAAAAAGCACUCGCUCGCGUUCUUCUUUCUGCGAAGAACGUGGGUGACGAUGGAGACGGCAAUAACGACAAAUUGGAUCUUUGUGCGAACAUUCUUUUGAAUGCGAUCGAUUCGCUUUUGAAAGGAGGCGUAACGCAGGAGGAAUUUCCAGCACUCGUAGCUCUCGGUGACGCUUUCGAAUCGUUCGUAACGAAAUGUACCGGCGUUAUUUCUUCCGUUAUUAGUGAAAUGCAGUUCUUGAGUUUGUUUGACAAUACGUUGAAUACACUUUCGCGGGCACACGCGGACAUAUCUCGCAGCGAUUCAAUUCGAGCGCGCUUGGCUAAAUCUGUCGCUUUGUUGGCACCGAAUCGAGAAACGAUGACUAAUACGCGCUUAAAUGUCAUCUUGACUAUUUUUGACGAAACAAUGCGUCGGCAUGAAGAAUCACACGAUGACGACGUUGCCAUGAGUCCGGACGUUUCUGCGAUUGUAGACAUGGCGAGAAGUAUUAUUGGCGCACCGACAGAUGCGAAUCCGUUCGCGCUGACUUUCGGAAGUACUACUACUGACGACAACUCUGUUGUUGGUGAUUUACCAAUGUCUCUGCGAAAAUGUAUCAUCGAUCGUGCAAUUUUCGGCUCUCAAAAAGUCUCCAAGAGGCUUUUCCGAAUCGCCUGUGGUUGGCUCGCUCGCAUCAUCUCAGAAGCGACUGUCACCACUGCGGAGGAGACUAGUGACGACGAACAAAAACGUCUCGCAGCCGAGCAAGCGUUGGAAGGUAUUUUCAAAUCGAGCGAGUUUGUCUUCGGACUCUCCGUGCAUUACGACCCAAUUCGAAACGACUCGAGUGCCGAUCGUACCGAAGGUAGUAGUUCGUCGGAAGACGACGACGACGAAUACGACUUGGAAGAUUUCUUCCAAGCCGCAAACGCGAAAAUCAUUUUUGGAUUACUCGCCUGGCACGCGUUACCGGCGAAAAAGCGCCGCGCGAGCGCUUUGGAUGUGUGCUUUGUACGCAACGAUUACCACGAACGCCGUGGCAGAAACAAAAUGAAGAGUUCAAAAUCAAUUGCAGCUGCUCAUCGCGUUGCUUCAACUUUGGCGCACUUGGUGCGUUUCUUUGAUAAUCCGCCAGAUUUUGUUCUCAAAUCGUUCAAAAACCUCGCGAUUGGUACAGAAAAACUCGUUUCGGUCGAAGACGAAUUCUUAUGGUUCCCGUGGAAAGCGCAACUCGGCGAUGUCGAACGCGUCGAAGCGUUGCAAGCCUCGAGAACAAAGAUAAAAUUCGCGAGUGAUCUUGCGAAUCUUGGCGCUCACCAAAUGUGCGCCAUUCUCGCCGACGAAGAUAAUUUGGCGCAAAAUAGUAACUUUGAUCAGCAGAUGGCAAAUAAAUUGAAAAGAGCUUUAGGACGACUGACCUUUUUAUUGCCUUACGAUGCGGCGAGAAUUUACAAAUCGCAAAUAGGUGGUAGUUUCGUGGAAAGAAAAACGCCGUUGGGUUCUCUCGAAUCCAUUGACGAGGACGAAGAGAUUGUUAAAGAACCGUCACUUGAAUCAACGAGUGGUCAACAACAGCAACAUUCGAUUGGAAGCGACAUAUCACGCAGCCGUGGUGGUAUGACUUUACUCCAUCACACUCGUGACUUAGUGGUGUCAUCAUCUUCGGCGUCUUCACUCGUCGCCGUGAUGAAUAGCACGGAAGAUCCUUCAAACAAAAUUGACGUCCUGAAGAUUUUUGCGUUGGGUUCGUCUCUUCUUCAAGGAACCUCAGUUGAUUUGAAUAAGAAUAGAAACGCUAGAAAUCCACUCGUAUUAGCUGGAUUUGACGAAGCGCUCAUUGCGUUGACUCGAAGUGUUGAGACGAACGUAGUCGUACCCAACGUAGUUGUUUGGACGGAUUUAGCUCGCGCUUGCGAAACGCUUAUUGCGCGUCGCGAAGAUGCUAUCAACGAAUAUCACAACGCUCAACACGAAAGCGCAUCGUCAUCGUCAUCAUCAGGUAUGAUUGAAAACUUUUGUGAUAUGGUUGCUUAUGCCAAGCUUCCAAAAUCGAUUGCGGAUCAGGCUUUUGAAACGUAUUUUCCGAAAGAUAUCUUUGAUCGAUACAACAACGAUGCGUUUUUCGCCUCCAUCAGUGAAGAUAGCUGGGAAAAGUUUAAAACGGAAACUGCGAAAAAUGUUGGUGCGCGUGGAAAGAACUGCGGAUUAAACGUAAAUGUUGAGCGUUACUUUUUGGAUGAAAUUGCGGACAUGAAUUCAAUGACAUUGCUUUUGGAGAGAAUCUGUGCGACGACGGUGGCGUUGUGCAAGAAACAAGGCGAGAUUGACGCGCGCUUGAAGGAAGGGAUUGCGGAUAUCUCGUCGCCAAUGAAAUCAACCGCCGCGGCAUCUUUGAAGCGAUCGUUGGAUCCUGAAAUGGUUGCGGCUCGCUCGAAAUUGUCCGAAGUAAUGGAGAAACUUUCCAGAGCUCCAAUGUUGAAUGGAUUGUCAAAAAUUGCAGUGACUGCCGCGGACGCUGCAAGACCAAACUCUGUAACAGAGCUUGAAAGAAUAGAUAUUCACGUAUCACGGGCGUUUCACGAGGCGUUACCGGAAACCUUGCCGAUUGCUUUGAGCAAUAUUGCGAAAGAUGCUACCUCGAGUGCAAAAAAGCAUCCUCUGAAAAAGGAACGGAUGCCGGAAUCAAUAGUCACAGCGGUAAUUGAUCGAGUCAAACGUGCGACGUUACUCGUUGCAGAGAAAAGUCAGAAAACCGAUACUCGUCUAGCUGCACGGGGGCACCCGAACGUGACAAUUUUCGUGCGUGCAAUUUGUGACACUUUCGCUUCUUUCUCCGAUGAAACGAAACAGUACUACUCGGCGGAGGUGAUGUCGUCUAUUUGCGACAGCAUCGCGACGAUCUCGAAAGUUAUGCCAGUGGAAACAAGAAAAGCGCUCGCGAGUAUCGACGAAUUGAAGACUGUGGAGAGUAUUACCAUGCUUCUCGACAGUGUAAAAGUCAAAAGGUCAGCUCGCUUAUUGGUGGAUGUUUUGGAAAUAUCGUUAGAAUCCGAAGACGAUGUUGUCUCGCGAGCACUUAGAAGUAUGCCUGGCAUUAUCGAGAAAGGUCGAUUCGAUGCAGCGGCUUACAUUUUAAAACGAUAUUUAAGCGAAGACGGUGCCGUAAAAACGCCUCGUUCUACAUCUCCGUCGCCAUCGAAGGACGUGAUAGCGAAGAAAGAUACGCGAUAUGUCGAAUACGCAGCAGAAGCAGUUAUUGACUCGUUGAGAUCUUUUUAUUUAGAAGAUGACGAAGAUAAUGAAUUUAAGUCUGGCGCAGAAAGUGGUAUAUUUUCAACCGCAUUUAAACAACGUGGUGUGACAGACAAACCUCGAGAAACUUCUUCGCUCGAAAGCUUUGCAAAAUUACUUCGUCUCGUCGUAAAAGCAGGCAAAGAUGCUUCUCGCGUCAUGUCUAACGAGGCUUCCUUGCGUCGAUUUAUUACGAGUACGCCGAAAGACACGCAUGGUGGUGUUGAUUCCGAUACUGGAACACCAGAGCCAAGUGACUCUGUAACCCAUACCCCUACUUCCGACGAUGUCGCAGAGGACAUGGAAUACCAGACUAUUGAAGAGCAAAUUGCGAGGGACGGUGAAAUUGAGCACGAGUUGUUUGAACAAGAAUUACUCGCAUUAUCGAACGUUCCAAUGAUCGAGCGACUGUUACGCCAAGCGAAUCUUGAAGAUGUAGAAGGUGGUGGUGUCCCUCCCGACGCGAGUGCGAGACGCGAACUUACGCUCGAGGCAGCCUUUUCGAGUCUAUUGAGUGAGGCUCGUGUUGCGUUUGGUAACAGACGCUCUACUGGUGGCGAUCUGCAACAAAGAGGGAGUGUGAAUGCCCAAACAACUUCUUCACCGCAAGGCAGAGUCGUUGAUGUACCUUCUACUGGUGAUGCAAAAGGUGGCGAAACGUCGUUGAAUUCAGCUAAGAAGUGUUCUUACAUAUCUCAACGCGAUUACCAGCGCCAGCACUGGUAUUAUUGUUACGAUUGUAAUCUUGUAGAUAACCGCGGAUGCUGCUCAACGUGUGCCGUGACCUGUCACAAGGGACAUCGCCUAGCGUAUUCUCGGGAAAGCAAAUUUUCGUGCGAUUGCGGCGCUGGUCAGUCCAAACGCGACGGUGUGUUACGUCCUUGUGGAUGCAUUACGGUCAAUCAGGCGAAGUUGACUAAGGAUGAAUGGAAAGCUGAAGUUGUUGGGAAACCCUCGGAAAUUAUUCACCCGGACUCGGAUUCCGAGCUCGAAGAUGAAUCUAUCGCCGCCUUAGAAACCUCUGCGAUCGAGAAAAAACUCAUUGCUACGUGGACGUUACCGAGAGAACUUUCUGCGAAACUUGGUUCUGCAUUGAAAUCUGCGAGAGUGAGCGACGUUCUUGAACGAGUUGCGAACAAUUGUGUCGAUAAACUCGGCGAUCACGAAAGCGACGAUGAUUCAUCCGAGGAUGAGGAUUACGUUAGAGCGUCGGCGAGCAAAUCCGCAAAGGAACCAAAUAUGUUGAGCAAGAAGAACAAGGAGAAGUUUAAUAUGAACUUCGGUAGAGCAAUGAAGCCAGGAACGUUUGAUGUGAAGGCGAGAGAGGAUUUCGCCGCGCAGACUCAAGCGAUGUCUCAGGUUUUACCGUUACCUCGUAAAAGUUGUGUAUCUGCAUCAACUUCUGGUCUACUCGCUAUUGGUGAAGGUGACAAGGUAUCAAUACUCUCUGCAGAUGAGCUUUAUCAUUCAGACCGUCUCGCAGAUAAGUGUGAUGCUUUGUUGCGAGCGAAGGCGACGUUUGAAGUGUUCAACGUGUGUUUCAAUCCGAGCGAUCCUUCAAAGUUGGCCGUGAGUGGCUUGCGUGACGUGCACGUUUUUUCACUUUCAGAAACUGCUGAAGUCAUUAAUCGCAUUGCGAUUGAGAACAUUUUUGAUGAAGAGCAAGAGUUUGGUGCGUUGCUAUCUGUUAAAUGGGUCCCGGGUUGUGCGGGAACUUUGGCCUUGUGCUCUCGCGACUAUGCAAAACUCUAUGAUUGCGGAGGUAAGAACGCGUUGGUUACCCCGGACGCUCCAAUAACAUCAAUCACGCCCCCGAUUGGACGAAACUUUGUGGAUUGUGCUUUCUUCAUUGAUACCGAUGGUGCGGAUGAGAAGUUGAUUUUCUUGGGAUUACUCGACAACGGCGAAUUGCAUUGCUUGUCGCUCGUUGGAGACACAACCUUCAUCUCACUCUACGAGAAUACUUUGAUUUCAACAGACUCUUUCCCAGAAUUGACGCGUAGAAAUGCCAAGUUCGGCGAACCAGAUUCCCCAACUCUUUCUUUUUCGCCUCGGGGCAAGAAUGGUGUUUCGCUUCACUAUUCUCAAACACAUGAUGUCUUAAUUGUUUCCUACGAGUCGGGAGAUACUGUAGUCACAGCACUUGAGCGCGAUCAAGACUAUCCGGAUUCGUUCAAAUUAAGGGCACCAAAAGUUAUUCGCGACGAUGAUUGCAUUGAAGAGAUGAUGAUGAGUCCAUUAUCUGCGACUUCAACCACUGGAACCGGAUCUAUGUUUGAUAGCCAACCUUCAUCGGCACAAUAUAGCCAACCAUCUUCGGCGCAAAGUUAUGCAACAGGAUCGAGUACAACGUUCUCCAUUCGCGGAAAAGGAGAUGCGAACAAAGGCCUUGCGUAUGUAGGCGAUUGCGCUUUUCAACGCGAUUUUCGCGCACGAUCAAUCGGGGCGGAUCCAGAAGUUCCACCUCUUUCAUUUCUUACUGUAUCUCGACGCGAUAUGUCUACAAGAGUCUUGACUUUUCAAAACGAGAGUAAUUUUGAAGGCGUGGAUACGCAAACUUUGCUCAAUACAAAUAAUAUUGACAGUGGUCCCGAGUCUUCUACUUUGCGUGGUUUCGCAGGUUACCAACCUGAUUGGGAUCAAAAUCAUGCCGAUAAUAGAAAAACGAUGUUGUGCCUCUUAUUGGAAGAUGGUUCUUUUCGCGUGUAUUUCUACGGGGAGGACAGAGAAGAGGAACACCGCAGAAAAAGAGAAGAAGAAGAUGAAGGAGAAGAAGGAUACGAUGACGGUGAAGAAAGAGUAUAUCAUCCAGAGUCACAUUCGUCACCUUCGGCGCACGACUCUGGUGAUGUUUUGUACUUCGAAGGCUGUUCUGAAGUUACCGAAAAGUGCGCGAUUUACGGAGAGUUCCAUGCUGUGGGAGAUAACGAUGAAGAUCCAGUUUCUUCGGUUAAGGAGUCCUUAAUCUCGGAGGAUUUGAAUUCACAGAUUCAAACCGCGCGUGCAAAUGCUCCUGCGGCGUUGUGUCUUUCAUAUCCUCCGGCGGCGCGCGAUCCUAAGCUUCAGAGCUUCGCGGGUAUUCGAGUUCAGUUGAAUUACGGAAGUUCUGCGGAGGACGCGAAUUGCGUGCCCAAAAGUGUUGAAAUAUUCAAAGGUGGAAGAAAAGUUUCUCUGAUUGACAGCGAACAUGCACGAAGUAAUUCUACUGUUAGAAACGCCAACAAUUCAGAUGCUGCUUCUGGAGUGAUGGGUAACACGAGGUGGUUCGAUAUUCCACUGAACUCAAAAGAGUCCAAGUUAUGCUCGGAGAAGAACGGGUUGUUGACUUUAGUCUUUCACCCAUCCAUGAAUGCACCUCGCGGUGCAUGCUUUAAAGUUGCACGCGUCGUGGCCUAUUCAUGUCCGAAAACGCACAUCGAACAAUCGAUGAAAACACGCGCCAUCGCUUUGCGCGAGCGAUUGUCAUUGCACGUUCGAUCUAGGGUUGCUCGUGCAACUCGCCAUAAAGAGCUUACCAGUGGCACCGAAGCGCCAUCUUCUUCAUCAAGUGCGAGAAAGCUAUCUGCAAUUGGGUUUCCAAUUGUUCUCGAUGAAACCUUUUCUGCGAUCACGGUCUACGCGCGACUUGAGCAAGCAGCGGCAAGCAGUGCAUCCACGACGCCUGUGAAGGUUCCGAGGCGAUUGUCAUUUUCGAAGCUGCAGAACCAGUCCGCUGCAGUGCGCGUAUUUGCUGCCGAUGGCUGGUUCCCGUCAUCAAAGACCAAACGCAGCGCGUUCAAGGCAAUUUUAGCGAAAAGUCCGGAAGAUGUUUCCACGAAGGAUUUGUGCGCCGUCAGCAUAGCGUUGUCCACAUUUCGCAUGAUUCAAAAGAAUUACGAGUGGCGUCGCGACGCCAAUUGGGCUUUACCAGAUUCUGACAUAGAAAGCUUCGCGCGUGCGUGCAAGUAUAUUGGUCGUCCUUUCGUACGCCGCCCACUAACUAUGCAAACGUGUGAUGACCACUUUCAUAAACAAACUCUGGAAGCGCUAAGACUAGGUUUGUGUUUGACGCCUCGGGUUGUUAGGGAUUCUCACGGCGCUUUUGAUUGCGAGGAGUUUGUGCCUUCUUUGGUUCAGGCGCUGAUUGCAUCUUGCGAAGGAUUUGCCAACAAUCCCCCGUCGGCAAAACUUGCGCAAAAAGCUGCCGAUAUUGCCGUAGCGUGCUUGAAAUCUGCGGAUGAAAACUUCUCGAGAUCGGUGGCGCUAGCUAUGCUCGAUAGUUUCGCGCCUCGGGUACCAAACGUGGACUUUUUCUUUGAUCGCGAAAUAUUGAACGACGGUGGCAGCAAUGAUUCCUUGAGGCAACCAGUUUUCCCAAUUUCUUUAAGAGAUGAUGUGGAUGUUACUACUAGUUCCUCGAAUCGCAAUGUAUCUCGCCUGCGUCGACCGACGCUUUUAACUGGUGGUCCUUCCAGUGGAUUUGCAACAUCAGAGAACACGCCGAGCGGCGUGGGGAUUCUUUCGAACUUUCUCGCAGGGAAUAUGGUAAGUGGUGGUCACCGGUGCGACAUGUGCGACGAAUCCAUCGAAGGCAUUCGAUGGCACUGCGAAGUUUGCGACGAUGUCGAUUUGUGCUCGGAAUGCCGUGAUCGUGGAGGUAUUACCGGCGCCUUACUCGAACAGGGGCAUCGCACGACACAUCCCCUCGCGAGAAUUGUGCAACGACGCAAUCCUCCUCCGUCGAGUGACGGAGGUGCAGCGCUUCUCAACAAGAAGAAGACUUUUGUCACACUCACCGAGUCAAAUAAAAAGCUCAUCGGUGCGAUUGUUGAAGAUAUCUGCGAUCCCACGCGUGCUGUGGCAACGAAGGGGUUGAGCACGUUGUUGUCCAAGGAUGGCAGUGAAAUGGGUUUUUCAUCUCGCGUCGGAAAGGAUUCGAAGCCGCCGAAACCCAGUGUGACGGAAGCAAAUAUUGUUUCUCCCGCGCACGCGAUGUUCUUGCGGACGCUCUUAAAGAGCGACUCGGACGCAUCGGUGUUAGUCGCUAAAUUGCUUUCGAAAGGUAUUGUUGUGCCGUCUAUUUUAUCGAAGCCUGGGACGAUGGGGAAGAAUAAGAACGUCUCGGAUCGAGACUGUCGCAUACUUGCGCUGUCGGCUUCUGCGGCCAUGGCUUCGAGCGGGAAAGAUGCGGCACUGGCGUAUCCGGAUGGGAAGGAUGGCGCGCGUGAUGUCUUAGAAUGGACGAAGCGUGUUGUGGAAUCUCUUUUGGGAAAAAUUGCCGAGUUUGGGCGAAGUGAUUCGCUCGAUAAAUGCAACGAUAAUAUCAACACCAAAAUAAAUAUCUCUGUAGACUCUCAAAACAUAGACUACCUGAGAGAGGCUAAGGAAAAGAGUAAAAUGCGCUCAGAACAACGAGACAAGUUGAUUGCGGCGUUAAAAUGUGCCUUAUUGCAAGCCAAGUACGCGAGAGACGCAGUAAACAAGAGCGAAUCUGAAUCCACGAGCUUUGAUAUGGAUGCAGAUCGCACGACAGGUGCGGAGAUAUCAGACAUUUCAAACUCGACAGCAGACAUCCAAAGCUGGACAAAGCUUAUCGUCCAAAGUUAUGCUACGUCUGAAAGCUUACGUCUCGAUAUCGUCGAUUCCGAUGCUCACUGCGUUGCUCGUUUUACGGAAUUUGAAUUUGUCGUGGACAGUCUCGCGAGGUCUGUUGACGUGCAGAACGAAAAAUUUCAAGCGAUUAAAGAUGCUGGAAUUAUCGUUUCUGCGUGCGAACGUCUCUCGUUUUCGCUCAAGAAUCGUGUCAACAACGACGGGACGAUUGAGAGCGAAAACAGCACGACUCGUUUAGUUUCGGUUCCUCUGAAAAGGUUGUUUGAGGUGCUUUCUCAAACCCCAGAAGCGUUUGCAUUCUCUCUCGCGUCGAUGCCUUCCGUCAUUGUCGCCGCGGUAAAAGCUGCGGCAAGAGCAAUGCCGCGCUUUCCACUCUCUGCGGUGGAUCAACGCGAACACGCGUGUUUGCUCUUCGAGUUUGCUGCCGAAUACUGUGCUGAAUCAACGAAGAAAGAGCUCUCUGGUGUGGUCGAUUGCGUUAUUCAAACCACAUUGUUGGGUUCGUCGAAGAAAUCUGCCAGAGAUGCGGCGAUGACGUGUUUGCGAGCAAUCUGGAAGAAUCUUAAAGAUGUUAGCAUAGAAAACGAACGACAAAACAUUUAUUUGGUAGGGAUGGCGAGAUCUUUGACAAAGGCAUUAUCGAAUGUUGCCUGUGGCGCACGAAUUGAGCGCGUGUCUCAAAUCGUAGCGUUUGCUCUCGAAAAGGACUUCUCAAUUUUUGCCAACGAACCCGACGUGAUGGCUAAUAUUGAGCUCUUUUGUGGGAAUGCUCGCAAGGCGAGCGAAAAGUUGAGGACACAUCCGAGGAGGGAAAUGUACGCAAAAUUGGAAGCGCUCGAAGCCCAGUCGCAAUCUUUGGUUGCGAAGAACACCACCACCGCUGCAGCCGACGAUGCUAACUUGCUGCCGCAGCCGAUGGGGACCUCAGCGCACGAAAAUUUCGUGAAUUUCUUACUCGAAACCGAUGAAGAUUUUGCGAAACACGCAAAGUGGCUCGAGAUUGACCCGAAUCCGGACGAUAUUUCGCUCGCGUAUGCGUCCACGCCCUAUCGGAAGACUCCGUUGCAUCUGAUGAAAGGAACGCGGGCUUUUACCGCGAACGCCUCUUUGACGAUAUUUAGCGAAGUAUACAGAUUGAAAGAAGCUAACAUCAACUUGACGCCGUUGCAAACGAGAAAAUCGUCAAGAUGGCCGAAAUCUGUCUCCAUCUGGGUUGUUCCGUCCAUUGUGUCUGCCUCAUCUUCGAUUUUGAACUCGAGUGGAAGCGCCUUUCUAUCGAGCAGGCAACUACCUCGCGCGUCUGGAUCGAAUGGCGCCGAUAAUAAUAUUGUUUCUUCUCUGAAAUCAGCGAUCUCAUGGGAGCAACCAAGUGAACCGUGGCGAUUCGUUGGAAAUAUUUCGUUCAAGAACAGACAAACUGAAGGUAUGCUUACGUUGAGCAUCCCCGAGGACGUUUCUGCGAUUGCCAUUCGUAUCGAUUCGUUCCACGUUGAUAUGCAUGAGAAAGCUUCGGAAAUGCUUCCGUGCCCGCGUUGUAGCCGACACGUACAAGAUGCUGCGCACGGUAUUUGCCGUUAUUGCAGAGAGAAUGCGUACCAAUGCCGACAGUGCCGAAAUAUAAAUUACGAGAAUCUGACGGAUGCGUUUUGGUGCAACGAGUGUGGUUGCGCGAGGCAAGAUAAACUCGACGCGUACAUUACUUAUUCAGAAGUCAUCGGUGACGGAUCUUCUGGUAUAUACACAGAAGAUGAAGCCACGAGUGCGAUGAAAGCGCUUGAAAUUUUAACCGUAAAAGAACGUGAUACUCAAAAUAUAUUGAGGCAAUGCGAGAGCGCUUGCAGAUCCUUGCUUUCACGCGCAGCUGUAGUUGACGAAAGCGAGAUUUUGAACGCAGAGGUGAACAAGACGGCUUCGGCACCUUCGACGCCAUCAAGAACGAGAAGAACAAUUGGCGGUGGCACCAGCAGUACUGCUGUUCCGGCAUCUUCAACGUUAGUGUCGGGCUACGUUCCAAUUGGACGAAACAACGCCACUGCUUCGGAGGAUGCACUUGCGAAAAAUGGCGACUUUGAGGCCCUGGCGUUGAGGUCGUACAAAGAAGUUGCAAAGAACGCCCGCAUUACGUUGUCAAAAUGUCAAGCCAAACGCAUUUCUUUGCAUCGUGCACUCGAAAGUUAUGCACGCAGAGGUGAAGGAGGUUUUAUCGAAUCAGACUCGUCGUUGCAUACGAUGCACAACUACUACGGCGAGGAAACCAAUCAUUUCGGUUCGCUUCGUUCGUACAUGUUUGCAAUCGUCCCAGCUCUGGUUUCUCUUGCUCGUGAAAAAGUCUUCUUUUACGCAUUUGAUUCAAAUCAUGUAAAGGAUGCUCUUUUUGCGACCUCCUCUAUCUUGCCACAAAUGGCACCGAAGUUUGCGCGCGUAUUAGUUGCACUUGCCGUUGCGGACGCGAAUGUGGAUACGCGAUCAUGGUUGAUUAAGCAAUCUUCCGAGCGAGCGAAGACUUCUUCGCUUCGCCCCGAAGGUGGUGGAAUAAAUUUCACAUCUUCUACUUUCGAAACCGAUGUCGAUGUCUUGUCGAGGCUUGCACGAAUGGAAUUGGUGAAACGUAACGAUGCCAGCGGUGAUGCCACAGUUGCCAUUUUGCAACUUUCAGAAACGCUCAACCCUACGAGAAAUCCAAAUCAUCGUUUCGUGGACGUCGCAGUACGUGCAGCCCUGAAGCUCUUCGAGCAAGAUGCAAUCGCGAGACCAGGUGGACGACGACGCAUGGAUAACGAAAACAUCGAUGCUAUCAGCGGUUGCGUUGAAUGCUUCGUCAACUCUCGCGUUUUGGAGGAGGAGACUGUGCGACUGGCCUCGAGCGCAUUGAUCGCAAUUUCGAAAGGAACAGAAGAAGAGCGUCUGGCGGUGUUGAAAUCCCUCCUUGAGUUGUUAAAGAAUACGGAUGUGGUUUCGAACGAUGAUGCCGCAGAAUCCGUCUACGCGGCGCUCGAAGCGAGCAUGUGUACCGAUUGGGAAGUGAAAACAGACUCAUUCGUUUUCACGUUUGCUGAUCCGUCUCAAGUGAAGCUCUCGGUAAGAACGUUGACGGAGAUGCUCCUCGAAGUUGCAAAGUACGCGUGGCAUGAAAGUGAAAGCCUUCUCGAGCAGCAUGGACUCGUCGACCCAUCCUUCGGUCUUGCUCUGAAACGAUGCGCUAAGUUCGUCUCAGACAAAAUAGUCUCCGAAGAAGACAACUUGCGAUGCGAAAGUUUGAAAGUGAGCGAGGAGGAUAUCCAAGCGAUUACAUACGCAGGGACAAUUGCGAGAGCGCUUGCUGCGCACAGGGCACCGCACGCAAUUUCUGCAAAUAUUGCUUUGGCAAAGCUCUUGGACGCGUGUUACGGGGCGAGCGAUGUGAACUAUCCAAACACUUCGAGAACGUCCGUUGCUGGCGCUUGCUUUGAACUUUUGCGCUCAACGGCGAACGCGAAUUCUCGCAGCGCUCGAUUCUCUUCAAUAUCUCACAAUAUAUCUGAUACUGUCCAAAUUGUUUUACCCAUGGGUUCAGUUCUGGAUGAACUCAAACGGUGCGCGCUUCCGAAACCGAAGCCAAAACGCACGUGUUUGGUUCGCCUGGUGAAAUCGUCCACGCAAGAAGAGUUUAUCCGAGGGCACAUGUCACCUUCACCGUACGAUGUCGCGGAACAAGUUCCAGUUGGUGAUAAUGAAGGUGAUAAUAACGCUGCAUCAUCUGACAUCGCUAACGCGGGGGCGGGUGUAGACGCGGACGACGAUGCCACAUUUGGCGACGAAGCGCAGCUGGAAUCUACGCCGACUUUUAGAGAUGUGAAGAAUUUCAUCUGCGCUCAACUCGACUUGGUCGGUUUGAUCGAAGAUGAUUUUGGCAUGGAAUUGCUCUCAUGCGGAAACAAGAUCAUUUCGCUUGAUUUAAAAGUCGUCGAUGUGUACGAAAAGGUUUGGGUUCCAAUGCAACAAAAUCAGCAGAAUGAUGGCAGCCCUCCCUCGCGACUUAUCGGUACGAACAGAAUUCCGCCAAUGUCAAUCACUUAUCGCUUAAGCGGUCUCGACGGUGAAGCCACCGAAGAUCGCAUUGAUUCGGUCGCAGCGACAGUAGAUAAAGACGAUCCAGAAGUUCGCUAUGAAUCGACUUCUUGUUUGCGCUUUAAAGGCGGUCUAUCUGCACUUGUCGCUCUCGUGCCUACGAUCUCUCGCGCGGCGAGAAUGAAACCAACAGCAUUUGAAACCACUAGUAAUAGUAAUAACAACGCAUCGCUCUUCCUCAAGGAAUUGUGCGUUUCCAGAGAAGACGUCGCGUUUGUACGAAAGUUGAACGAUAACGCAGACGUCCUUGCACUUUUGCAAGCAGCUUGCGAGUUGAAGGAAAAUAGAAUCGCGAUGUUGGACGACAAUGCUCUUCCGCACUUGCUUCGUGAGGCGGCAAGAGCAUUCGAGGCUCGAGAGGAUACUUUGGCAAACGAUAUUUUAAAAGUUGUCGAUCGCUUGUUAGCUGAAGAACAAUCCAAAGCUACGUCAGAGCAAUCUUCGAUUCUGAUAUCUAACGAUUCUUCUUCGCAACAAACUAUGCUAAUGCAUGGAGGUAGCGUGGAUGAUUCCGCUUCCUUGGACUUGUCUGUGACGGUGGACACUUCAUUGGCGGCUCGACCAGUCACUCCACCACCAAGAACUUCUACACCGUCUAUCAUUAAUUUAGCUUCUUCCGCCGCUCUCGGUGGUUCUGGAAUAGAUUUGUACUUCUCCGACGCCGAGUCUAUGCACGAAGAAGACAAGAGUCUCUUCGACGCGGCAUCUGUGUCUCGAUCCUUCCUAGACAAGUUGAAAAGAUGCAUUGAGGACGGGGAACCGAAACGUUGUGACGUGUUGGCAAGAGUUUUGCCGCGACUCGCGUGUGCCGAUGUCACAGCAACGACGCAUUUGGUUAAGUUUAGCGUCGACGCGUUGAACACAUUAAAAUUUGAUGGACAACAACGAGGUAAUGAUGGGGAAGUGGUCUUUGGCGCGCAAAACGAUCCGACGUGCGAUUUGCUCGCGUUAGAAUCGGUGGUAAAAAUUGUCCGCUGCGCACCACACGACGACUUCGGUCGAUCAUUUCGCGAAUACUUAGCGGUUCCAGCGAUACCAAUCAUACGCUCUUACAUCGUUGACAUCGUCGUGAAUGAUCUAAAGCGCACUUCGGAGGCGUUUGAAAAAGCGAUGGUGAACUACAAGGCGUUACCGUUGGCGUUGAAAAUUUUAGAGGCCAUGUCCAGAGAAUGCGAAAAAGUAGCCACUUCUGCCGCGCACGCGCUUAACUUGCUCGUUACUUUACACACAUUAGAAAACGUAGUCGUGCCGAGAGGAUUGGGCACUUUGGCUGAGAAUGCGUUGGAGACGAUUGAAAACGCCUCAAAUACCGCGCAAAUUGAAAUUGAAAAGAUGCGGGAAAAGACAAAGGAAGAGAAGAGAGAGCUCGCGAAGAGGAAACGAGAGCAAAUGUUGAGAGAGAUGAAAAUGAAGACGCAACAGUCGGAGAGAGGGGUUCCAGCUGGGGACGAAGAGAGUACGGUGCUUAAAGCGGAAGUUUCGGACGCUUUGAAGAGUCAGAUGGAGGAAGACGCCGCGUUUGACGACGACGCAGGUGCAUUGCGCUGCCGAGUGUGCUUUGAAUCUAUCAACGAGAAUCCAGAGGAAACUUUGGGUUUAUAUUGCUUCUGUACGCCGGUUAGCAUCCCUCCAACUUCGGUGAAGUUUACUCGGGAGGAAGAUGCCACAAACGCCGCAAAUUUUGUCAUAGAGGAGGACGAUGAUGACGACGACGACGACGAAGGCAUGGCAAACGACGCCGACGGGGAUAUCAUUGAAAUCAUUGACAUGCGAGGCAAUCAAGCAGGUACAAGCGGUUCUUCUCUAGCUUCUGCCUUGUUUGGAGGACGUGGUUUUCGCGGUCGAAAUCGUGCUGCCGCAAGUGUAGACCCCAAAGUUGAUGCCACGAGAGGGUGCUCCACCGUCUCGCACUUCAACGCCAUUCACAUCUCGUGUCAUUUGGAAGCCAAAAGAGCAGACAUCAAUCGUCGUCCACCAAAACGAGAAUGGGAAGGUGCUACCUUGCGAAACGCGGAGACGCUGUGCAACAGUGUCCUUCCAGUAUGGACGUCGUCUGAUUUACGUUCCUCGAAUGUUGAACGCACGUCGACGAGCGACGAAGAGUAUGAGGAGCGACGACGACGAUACGGUCUGGCGGUGGAUGCGUGGUGGGACAACGUGGGCCGAGCGAUGCCAAUGAAUCGCCAAUCCUUCGCCAUGCGUCACGAUCGAUUUCGCGUAUCUACUUUCGAUUGCGUCAUCUUGCUGGGUAGAUUUGCCACGAAUAGUUCAUUCUCUGUCGAGUCUCGAGGCGGCGGCAGAGAAUCAAACGCUUCCUUGUUGCCGCAACUGCUGCGGUUGAUGCAAUUCCACGGCGAAUACGUUUUCGAUGCCUCUGCAAACCCGAGCACGAUGACGGACCCGUCCGCUUCGCCUUUACGCCGCCAAUCGUCGUCUCCUGUACCGUUAUCGGUCGGUAAGAAACGAGAUAUUGCGCAAAGAGAAGAGUGGCUCCGCUUGGCGAAUGCGUUGGUGGACGAAGAUUACGGAGGCGACGAACUGGCGUUCUUUGACGCCUGUUUCGAUAUUGAAGCGUUCGAGAGCGACAUGUACGCGAUUCUUUUGUUUGCCGCGAUGACGUUCACGAAAGAAAAGUGGGAGAAUUCGAUUAAAAUAUUCAUUCGUCGAGCGACGGCGUUCGCCUUAAGGUGUGGCGAUGAUGGGUUACGAGGUGCAUUUACCUCCUCGGCUUACGCGCAACAGCUACGAAGUACGAGUACGAUGUCCUCAAAUUCGGGAGGAGUCAUGUCACCUCCAGAAACCGAUACCGACGAACCUAUUAGUAUUAAUACGUCUUCGCAACCGAUCGUCCUGGCGGCAAAACCAACUUUAAAAUAUCUCGCCAUGUGCGACGAAAUCAACGCGUGGUUGAGAAAGGAUUCUCCCGAGGUAUUUUACACCCCUGGCUUAUCCGUCUCCUUACAGCACCUCUCGAGAGCGUUACUAGACGAGGCGGACCCCUCCAUUCGCGACCACAUUCGCCGGUCGGAAGCAUUAGCUCUGGAUCAACAAUCUCGCGAUCAGUUUGGGAACAUGGAAUCGUGCUCGCACUUGUCCAAGAGAACGUUGGAAGUGGUGACGGUGAUGGACGCGGAGGAGGAUGUUACAAACUUGUCCAAAAUCGGAGGAAGAAAUGUAACGGUAAACGACAUCAUCGAGAAAGGCAUGGCGUGA